AUGGUAUCUGUCGAGUUACUCACAACAAAAUCUUUGAAAAAAGCAACCAACCCUACCUAAAGGUAAAAUCAACUAAUCGAAAAUGACUUGAAAAUAAUAUCAACCGAGAGCGAUUAGUUGUAAACGUUAUAGAAAAAAAGAGAGGAUGGCGUAGAGGUGGGGGACCAAAGCACCGCCUUGAACAUGAGAAUGAUGUCAUUGUCAUAAGUACAAGGGACAAAAAAAGCUACAUCUCUCUUCUCUCUCUCUCUCCUCCUAACGGGACCUAACCCUAAUUUACCAAUCACCAACCAAACCAAAAUUAAGCACACCACCCCCACAAACUCCUCAAAACCCCAACAAAUCUCACAUAAACUAAAAAGUCAAAAGGAAAACAGAAAAAAAGAAAAAAGAGGGAGAAAUAAAAACCCACCAAACCACCUUUUUACUUCGUCCAAAGUACAACUCAAAAUCAAAAGAAAAAUAGAACAUAAAGAGAGAGAACCUUACCAAAUCAAUCAAAGAAAGAAUAAGACGCAGAAGAAAAUUCCAGCUUGAUAUUUGUUGUGAAAAAUUGUUUAUUAUUGUCCCCCUUCAACAUCUGGAGUCUCCUGGGUCAAAAUCUUUAUAAUCGAUUACUAUCUCUCCCUCACCGAUCAGUCUUCAAGAAUGGAUCCAGCUCAAUCUCAUGGAUCCCAAAGCUCACUUCCUUCUCCUUUCCACGCUAGAGACUUCCAAUUACAUCUUCAACAACAACAUCAUCAUCACCCACAACAACAACAGUUCUUUCUCCAUAAAAAUCAGCAACAAAGAAACCCAGAUCAACAUGAUCACGAGCAACAAGGAGGGUCAAUGAAUCGAACCAUCAACAAGAUGGAUAGCGAAGAGACAAGCGAUAAUAUGGAAAACAUCGCUAAUAACAACAGCGGUAGCAAAGGUAAAGAGAUGAGUUUACUCGGAGGAGAAGGAGCAAGUGGCGGAGGAGGAAGGGGAGAACAGAUGACAAGAAGGCCAAGAGGAAGACCAGCAGGAUCCAAGAACAAACCUAAAGCUCCAAUAAUCAUAACACGAGACAGCGUAAACGCCCUUCGAACUCACGUCAUGGAGAUCGGAGACGGAUGUGACAUAGUUGACUGUAUGGCUACGUUCGCAAGACGCCACCAAAGAGGCGUUUGCGUUAUGAGCGGCACAGGAAGCGUCACUAACGUCACUAUACGUCAGUCGGGAUCGCCUCCUGGCUCGGUGAUUAGCCUCCACGGCCGGUUCGAAAUCCUUUCUCUCUCUGGAUCUUUCUUGCCGCCUCCUGCCCCGCCUGCAGCCACCGGACUAAGCGUUUACUUAGCCGGGGGACAAGGUCAAGUGGUUGGAGGUAGUGUGGUGGGACCCUUGUUGUGUUCAGGUCCUGUUGUGGUUAUGGCAGCGUCUUUUAGCAAUGCCGCUUACCAGAGGUUGCCGUUGGAGGAAGAUGAAAUGCAAACACCAGGCGGUGGAGGAGGAGGAGGUGGUGGAAUGGGAUCGCCACCGAUGAUGGGGCAGCAACAAGCCAUGGCAGCGGCUCAAGGGCUGCCACCGAAUCUUCUUGGUUCGGUUCAGUUGCCGCCGCAGCAGCAAAAUGAUCAGCCGUAUUGGCCUACGGGUCGGCCACCGUAUUGAUUAGAUUGCAACUUAUCAAUAUAUAUAAUUCACACUUUAAUCGACCAUAUGUUGCUAUUUAUAUAUAUAUAUGUAGCUAUUUACUAAUAUAUUUUACAUAUAUAUAUAUAUAUAUAUAAAUCAAGCUAACAUGGAGUGAUUAAAGAAGAUGUACACGAAGUAUGACAGCAAGGUGAAGCAGGCGAUGAUGAAGACGCUUUUCCGAUGUGUGUGGAUCAACAAUUCAAUAGAUGUUUCAGGUUCUUGUUUGUUUUUAUUUUUGUUAGGUUCUUUUAGUUGGUCGAUCUUUUAACGUUUGAUUAUGUAAGGUUUCAGGUUUCUUUGUUGAGAUUUCUUUUGAUGAAUUCGAUUUUUGAUUAUGUUUUCCUUGUUUGCAAGAAUUUCUUUCCCAAAUUAAACUAUUUCGUAA